UUCGGGCAUUCUUUUUUGUCCGAAAAACAAUAUCAUGACAAUAAUAAUAAUACUUUUACCGUAGUGUAUGGCACACAGAGAUGAUUACGAGGUAACCGACUACAUAUUUAAGGUCCUUCUGAUAGGAGACAAAGGGGUCGGAAAGAGUUCCAUAGUUCGCAGAUAUGUUGAAGAUAGGUUUGAUACCUGGCCAACAACCAUAUGUGUUGAAUAUGGCACAGUUACCCGUGAAAUUAAUGGGAAGACGGUAAAGUUGCAGAUCUGGGACACUGCGGGGGAGGAGAAAUACCAUUGUUUGACUGAUAUGUACUACCGGAAUACCCAUGGGGUCAUUUUUGUGUUUGAUCUGGGUGACCCCGACAGUUUAGAACAUGUCCAGAAUACCUGGAUUAAUCAGGUCUACGCCAAAGCACCGGACGAUGUCUGCAGUACCCUGGUGGGAAGUAAAGAUGACGUCACCAUACCGUCUGAUGACGUCACUAAGUCUGGAACACGUGUCUCUCUAGACGAUAUCAGGAGAGUUAGUGAGCGGUACUGCAUGUCCUACUUUUCAACCAGUGCUAAGCUUAACAAGAAUAUUGAGAAGCUGUUUGACCACCUAGCAGAGCAGAUGAUGGCCCAGCUCUCCGACUACGAGGAGAUCCCUUGCCCGGACUCAUUACCCAGCUUCGCUCUCCACUCCUUCCAGGCUCACUCACCUAUAAUAGAUAUUGAAGAGCAGAGUGGCUACUACUGUACUUCCUGCUCUACCACUGCGUGAUAAUAAGGGCUCAGAAAACUGUUCUAAUUCAAUGUCCUGUUCUUAAGAGUCGUCAAGAGGUUGAUGUGGAAGAUCGGUGAAAGUGGAGUGUCUUGAAAAUUAACCGGGAAGUUAUGUUGUUAAAUGGUUUGAUUAUUUUUCGUUUUUAUUGAUUAAAUUUAUGAGUUUGAGCUUUGAAUUCCUUUAUGUAUUAUACUGAUAAGCAUUUUGUUAUUGAUUUAAGUACCAAACAUGGUUACUGUUUAUAUGUCAGAAUUGUAAAGUAGAUUUUUAAUAAGAAAAUUCAUUUAAUUAUUUGAUUUUGUAGAAUAUGAUGUAUCGCCAUGCCAGUCAUACUAUAAUUUAUAUUCGUG